AUGAUUCCAACUAUGUUCCAUGGUUUCUUCCAGUUAAUCCGUUUUGCCUUCAAUUUUGGCGCUCCAAAAAAAGAAACAAAACACUUCAAUGAAAUUUGUCGUCAGUUAGAAGUGUUGCAACUUGACUUUUCCAAUGCAGAAGCAGUAUCCGACGCUUGUGUUUAUCUAGCUGAUCCACAUAAACUGCCAGGACCGACCAAGGAUAGUAGUGAUAAUGCUAGCAAAAUAGAAUCUAAUGCGGAUAAUGAAAAACCGCAAUUUCAUUAUAAAAGAAGUGAUGAGAAGAAUCAGUCAAGCAAGCAAUAUCAAGUAAAUGAUAUGAGCAUUUCGUCAGGUUCUAAUUUUGAGGAAACUCUUUUAAAUCAUUUUCAGCAUACUCCAAAACCUAAAUCUAAGGAAAAAUUGGAGAAAAGUUAUAAUAGUUCUAUUGAUUUUGCUUCUUCACUGAAGUACCGGCAUAUGAACGGCACAAUUCCAAGGUUAUCUGCUUUGACGGAGACUUCGAAAUCUCAUACAAGUGCUGGGGAAGAAAAUCUCAGUCUACGAAAUGUUACCGAAACUGUUAGCACUAGCAAUAUCAGGAAUACAAGUGCUGGGGAAGAAAAUUUCAGUCUACGAAAUGUUACCGAGACUGUCAGCAUUGGCAAUAGCAAGAGUCCAAGUGGUGAAGGAAAGAAUCAACGAAUAAUUAAUAAUCACUUUGAUGAAAGUAGUAGUCCCGUUCAACAUUUUUGCUGUACUUCGUUAGUAGCCAGUACUCCAUUGUGUGUGAAACCUGGUAGUGAAAGCCGACAUCGAAUGACAAUGAUGAAUAGCGCCGUAAAAACUAAAGUGCGUAAGGUGGAACAACAAAUCCUACUAAAUUUGUCUACAGGUAGUAAUGACUCAAUGAAUACUGUCGAUUCCAAAGAUGAAACACCAAAGCGUGAACAAGGAGCUAUUGCUAAGCACAUUGCCCGUAUUCGAACAGCUAAUUCAACACUUAAUUCGAGUAAAAAAACGUUCAACAAUACUUCUCGUUAUUAUAGUAUGCGCACAUCAUUCGGCAGCAACAGUAGCACAAGCUUCAGUUAA